UUUUUGACCCCGUGUUUAGUCUUAGCAACUGCUGUGUCAAAGGCUAUUUCCGGCUAAAGCGAAAGUGAAGGACAAAAAUGUCUGCUCCCGCAAAGAAUGCCGAGCCCCAGCAAAUGGGAAAAGGAAUUAAAUUUCUAUUCGGUGGUAGUGCCGGAAUGGCAGCAACUGUUUUUGUUCAGCCUUUGGACCUUGUUAAAAAUCGCAUGCAACUUAGUGGUGUUGGUGGUGCCAAAAAACAGUACAAAACUAGUUUUCAUGCACUUUCUUCUAUCCUCAAGAAUGAAGGGCUAUCAGGGAUAUACACAGGUCUAAGUGCCGGACUGUUGCGCCAAGCCACAUACACUACCACACGAUUAGGGAUAUACACAUCACUUUUUGACAUGAUGUCCAGAGAUGGAAAACCUCCAAACUUUAUUUCGAAAGCUUUAAUUGGUGUUACUGCUGGUGGCAUUGGUGCUUUUGUUGGUACCCCUGCAGAAGUAGCUCUGAUCAGAAUGACUGCUGAUGGAAGGUUACCUUUAGAAGAGAGAAGAGGAUAUAAAAAUGUUUUCAAUGCCCUGGCAAGGAUUGUAAGAGAGGAAGGAGUCUUGACAUUAUGGAGGGGUUGUAUACCAACAGUUGGUAGAGCUAUGGUUGUGAAUGCUGCUCAGCUUGCUUCCUACUCACAAGCUAAACAAAUGCUGAUUACCACAGGUUAUUUUCAAGAUGGCCUUUUCCUCCAUUUUGUUGCCAGUAUGAUUAGUGGUCUUAUCACUACAGCAGCCUCCAUGCCAGUUGAUAUUGCUAAAACAAGGAUACAGAACAUGAAAACAGUUAAUGGCAAACCAGAAUACUCAGGAGCUGUUGAUGUUCUGUCCAAAACAGUCAGACAAGAAGGUUUCUUUAGUUUGUGGAAAGGCUUUACACCUUACUAUGCUCGACUGGGUCCUCAUACAGUAUUGACUUUCAUUUUUCUUGAACAGAUGAAUAAAGCUUAUCGUCGUUAUGUCCUUCAUGACGAAUCUGCCAGUGGUGGCUUGUAGUAGAGAAACUCAAGAUGCUGCUUGACUUGACAUGUAUUGAUGUAUAACAAUGUAGACAGAUGUGAAAUGAAAUGCUUUAUUUUUCUCACAUAUAUUGUAGUAGGGAAUAAAGUAUGUCCUUCAAAGUAAUUUUAGAACAUGUUUCAGAUGAACUUAUUUAUAUUGUAAAAACUAAGUAGGGCCUAGAGCAUUCUUUACAAUGUGUUUAGUCUCAUGUUUUAUAGUAUUUAUGAAGUUACAUAAUUGUAUGUUGUGCUCUAAUUUUUGUUAAUAGUUCUUGAGUUAAUGCUCAAAAUGAAUGUAAUGGUUGUUCAACUUUGGUGCUUGUAGUACUGGUCUAGACCAUAACCUGCUAGAUAUUUUAAGUUUGUGUAUCUUUUGAGAAACAAAUGACUAAGUAUUUUGAAUAUUUUUGCUAAUGUUGAGUAGUAAUAUUCAAGUGAGUGAUAUAUACUAGGUUUAAAAAAAAUGGGGUUACAUCUUUAGCAUAUUUCAUUAGGUAAAUACUAGAGCUCUAAAAUUAAAUAUUUUACAAGUUGCUAGUAUAGUCACUGUUUCUGAGGCAGCAUAGUUGAUUGAUCUCCAGCUUAUUUGUUUUUAACUUAAUGUCUUGAAAAAAAUAAUCAAAAGCAAGUAUUUUAAAUAUAUGUUGAAUCUUUCCUGU